AAUAUUCGUUAUUUAUAAAUAUUAUCUUAUUUGAAUUAAAGAACAUUCGUUUAAUUGUAUAAAUUUCUUUGUAUAUUCACAAUGUUUGAAGUUUACGAAAACAAUACAAUUUUAGACCCCACUUCUGAAAUCCAGGAUUUUGCCUGUUAUGGAUAUGAUUUACAGACAAUGAAUAUCCAAGGUACUUGUAGUCCACUUAGUGGAUCUCAAGGGACAGCAAGUGUUAAUUCGCCUAUAUCUACUGCAAUGUCACCAUUUCAAGCCACUGAUUUUAUAUCAUUAAAUGAUGCGACAGUCUUUGAAGUACCAUAUUUAACAAUUUUGGAACAACCAGUAGAAAAGUUUAGAUUUCGGUACAAGUCAGAAAUGGUAGGAACACAUGGAAGUCUGGUGGGUUCAAAUAGUAACAGUAAUCGUCAUAAGAAUGCACCAACAGUACAAUUACAUAAUUUUAUGGAAACUGCAAUAAUACAAUGUACUUUGGUUACAAGUAAUGAAGGUCAAAGAAUUCCGCAUGCUCAUAGAUUAGUUCAUAGAGAUGGUGGUAUGGAUUAUGAUGAUCCACAUUAUGUUAAAGUAUCUGCAGAUACUGGAUAUACUGCAACAUUUCAUGGAAUGGCAAUUAUACACACUGCAAAAAAAUAUGUUAAAGAUGAACUUAUAAAAAAAAUGAGGAGGGAAGCUUUACAAAAGAAAAAGAGUACCAAUAUAAAUGCAACUCUUAGCACACGAGAAGACACGCAGAUUAAAUCUGAUGCUGAAUGCCACCAAAAGCAUGUAAAUUUGAAUAGUGUUGCACUGUGCUUUCAAGCAUUUAUUUUGGAUGAACAUGAAAAUAUGAUACCAUUAACGGAACCUGUAUAUUCAAAUGCUAUUAAUAAUCUCAAGAGUGCAUUAACUGGAGAACUAAAAAUAUGCAGACUUGAUAAACAUACUAGUAGUGUUGAAGGAGAUGAGGAAAUAUUUAUACUUGUAGAGAAAGUGCAAAAAAGAAAUAUUAAGAUAAAAUUUUUUGAAUUAAAUGAAGAUGAUUGUGAAAUUUGGAGUGCAUAUGGUCGUUUUUCAGAAUUAGAUGUCCAUCAUCAAUAUGCUAUUGUAUUUCGAACUCCACCUUAUAGAGACUGCAAUAUUACUUCUCCAAAAGAAGUUUUUAUACAGUUAGAACGGGGAUCUGAUGGAGGUUGUUCUGAUCCAAAAAAGUUUAUUUACAAACCAAGCGAUAAAAUUAUAGGUAGAAAACGUCAACGAAUGUCUCACUCUGGAAGUUCAGAAUUAUCAUAUAUACAACCAACUUCUAAUCAUACUAGCUUUGAAAGCAUAUCAGAGAUUUUAAAUGGUAAUAGUCAAGAAAUUUCUAAAGAAUUAAAAGAAAUUUUGUCCGAAGGUGUUACAUCGCCAUUGAACAAAGAUUUCCUUGACAAUAUAGAUUUUGACAAAUAUUUAUUACAUAUUAGCAACGGUGAUGAGAAUGCAUUAGUUUUUGAUGGCUCAUCAACUAUGCAACAUCAAGAUGAUAUAAUGUUCGCUAGAAAUACACUUAUUGAAAUUAUGCAAUGUAUGAAAAAGGAUGUAAAAGGUGUAAAAGAACAUAUUCAAAAACUGCUUAAAGUUCGAUCGACAUAUGGGGAUUCUCCAUUGCAUGCAGCACUUCGUUACGAUCAACGUGAUAUUGUUAAAUACUUCUUAUUGUUAUUGAGUACUAAUAAAGAUUGUAAGACACUUGUCAAUAGUCAAAAUAGUUCUGGAAAAACACCAUUACAUUAUGCUGUUUUACAAAACCGACCAGGAAUUACAAAAGCAUUACUUAUACUUGGAGCUGAUCCAAAUCGUACAGAUGAGCAUGGAUUUUCUCCACUACAUGUAGCUGUGAAAAACCGCGAAGAUGCUGUUUGUGUUGAUGUGCUAUUAUCUGAGAAAGGGACUAAUAUUGAAGUUUACAAUGAUGCUGGAUGGACACCAUUACAUCUCGCAGCACAAGCAGGAUCAUAUGAUGCUGUAUGUUCACUUCAUCGUGCAGGUGCAAAUGUAAAUAGUACUGAUAUGUCUUAUGGUCGAACAGCAUUACAUGUAGCUGUUGAAGGAGGUCAUAAAAAUAUAGUUGAAUAUUUAUUGAAAAAGACGAAUAUAUCGGUAAAUAAAAGAAAUUUUAGUGGAAAUACUGCUUUACAUACUGCAGUUGUAUAUACAGGAACGCGAGCGAACGAACUAUGUGCAUUGCUAAUACAACAUGGUGCAGAUCCACACAUUCAAAAUCAUAAUCGAGACUCAAAUGACGUAGGUGCAAAGGAUGAAUCAUGUAUUAAUGUAAAAGUUGAAGCAGAUUUAGAUGAUGAAAAUACAGAAAAAACUAUUGGGCAGUCAUCAUUUGAUUUGGCUAUGAAUAAACCAGACAUUUUACAGUUGCUUAAUGUCCAAUCUGAGGAAACCACAAAGGCAGUGUGUUCAGUUGCUACAAAAUUAGAAUUAAAAGAUGAAGUAUCAGAAAUCAGUUUGUUAAACAAUGAACAUAAACAAAAGUUAUCCAUUUUAUUAGACAAAACACAAGGAUGGCUUAAACUUGCAAAACAUUUAAAUAUUGAACACUUGUUAAGAACAUUUCAGCACAGUUCAAGUCCAUCAUUGAUUCUUUUAAAUUACAUUGAUGUAGACGCAUCUGUAACACUCAUGGAUGUACAAACUAUGUUAAGUGAAAUUGGAGAGGAAGAAGCAGCUGAUUAUAUAAAUGAAAUUUUAUCUAUAUGUUCAUAA